AUGCGGGCGCGACGGCUCGAAUCGCUCCUCUCGGACGUGGCCCCGUUCGAGGCGCCGAAGCAGGCGCUGGAGCAGUACCCGACGAAUCCCGAGCUCGCCGCCGGCGUCGUCCAUCACGCGCGCGCGCGCGGUGACGUCGAGGAUAAGGUGGUGGUCGAUCUGGGGUGCGGGACGGGGAUGCUCGCCAUCGCCGCGAUCGUGUGCGACGCGGGGGGGGUGAUCGGGAUCGAUGUCGACGCGGACGCGUUGGCGACGGCGCGGGCGAAUUGCGCGCGGUUCGACCCGGCGCUCGAACCCGAGUUCGUGCUCGCGGACGUCGUGCGGGACAUUGGGAGGGGGAGGGAGAGAGUGGGUGGUGAUGAUGAUGGGACGUCGUCUUCGUCGCGGAGGAUACCGAUCAGGGGGGACACGGUUUUGAUGAAUCCGCCGUUCGGGACGCGGCGCGCGGGCGCGGACGUCGCGUUCCUCAAGGCGGCGUUUAAGAUUGCGAGCGGGGCGAUUUAUAGCUUUCAUAAGACGAGCACGCGAUCACACAUAGAGCGAGUGGCGAUGAUGCGGUUCGGCGCGCGCGAGGCGGAGGUUUUGGCGCAGAUGAAAUACGACUUGCCGGCGACGUACGCCCAUCACAGAGAGAAGAGCGUGGAGAUCGCGGUGGACCUCUGGCGGUUCGUCCCGGGGGAUGGGAUCGCGAGCGAUGACGAUGACGAUGACGAUGUCGAAGAUCUCUCGCGGUCGUUCGCCGGGAAGGCGCGCGUGAGAGAUGGGCGCGGACGUGGUCGAGGCGGCGGUCGAGGCGGCGGUCGAGGCGGCGGUCGAGGCGGCGGUCGAGGCGGCGGUCGAGGCGGUCGCUCGCGCAGGUGA